CAAAUUCUCUCUCCCACUCUCUCUACUGAACUGUUGGGGUUUCUUACUUUCUUCUGCAUAAACACUACAGUCUUCUUUUCCUCUCGCUCUCUAGAAACCCUUAUCGAUCGAAGACACACUCUCCGUGUCUCUCGCGCUCCCUUUCUCUAAUGACAAAUUCGAAGAAACUAUCUCUGUUUCUCAAAUCUUGGGCGAAGCCACCAUGCCGGCGGAGAAGAAACUCCCUCUUCAGACGAGCAACAAUGUCAACACGGCGGGGGCUCCUCAGAAGACGAUCGAGGAGACCUACCAGAAGAAGACUCAACUGGAGCAUAUCUUGCUCCGUCCCGACACCUACAUCGGCUCCAUCGAGAAGCACACUCAGACUCUUUGGGUAUACGAGAACGACGAGAUCGUCCAUCGAUCCGUCACUUACGUCCCUGGCCUCAACAAGAUUUUUGACGAGAUCCUAGUCAAUGCUGCCGAUAACAAGCAGAGAGACCCUAAGAUGGACUCCUUGAAGGUGGUUAUCGAUGUGGAGCAGAACUUCGUCAGCGUCUACAAUAAUGGAGAUGGUGUGCCGGUGGAGAUCCACCAGGAGGAGGGGAUUUAUGUACCGGAGUUGAUUUUUGGGCAUCUAUUGACGAGCAGCAACUACGAUGAUAAUGUGAAGAAGACUACUGGAGGAAGAAAUGGAUAUGGUGCUAAGCUCACGAAUAUCUUCUCCACAGAGUUCGUGAUCGAGACUGCUGAUGGGAGGAGGCAGAAGAAGUACAAACAGGUAUUUGAGCUUCUCUUUCUAGUAGUGUUACUGAAUUGAUGCUUAGGGUUUCUUCUGUUCUUA